GCCUAAACGUACUCAUGUCUUUAGUGACACAUGGAACCCUUUCUGGAACGAAAUAUGGAAGAGUUUAGAAGGAUGGCGGGAAGCCGAGAUAACUACCCCGCCGCCUCUUCCCGAACCCCACCGCCUUGUUAUUGAGCUCUUUGGCGAUCAGAAUCAAUGGCAGACGUUCAGAUGGGCGACGCGGAGACCUUCGCCUUCCAAGCGGAGAUAAACCAGCUGCUCAGCCUCAUCAUCAACACUUUCUACAGUAACAAAGAGAUUUUUCUUCGGGAACUCAUAAGCAAUUCCUCUGAUGCGUUGGAUAAAAUUCGAUUCGAGAGCUUGACGGACAAGAGUAAGCUCGACUCCCAGCCCGAGCUGUUUAUCAAGAUCGUCCCCGACAAGAUCAAUAAAACCCUCUCCAUCAUCGACAGUGGAAUCGGAAUGACCAAAUCAGAUUUGGUGAACAAUUUGGGGACAAUUGCGAGGUCUGGGACAAAGGAAUUCAUGGAGGCGUUGCAAGCUGGGGCCGAUGUAAGCAUGAUUGGUCAGUUCGGGGUAGGGUUUUAUUCGGCUUACUUGGUGGCUGAGAGGGUUAUUGUGACAACCAAGCACAAUGACGAUGAACAGUACGUCUGGGAGUCUCAGGCUGGUGGGUCUUUCACUGUUUCUAGGGAUGUUAAUGGUGAGCGACUGGGCAGAGGCACCAAGGUCAUGCUCUUCCUCAAAGAAGAUCAGUUGGAGUACUUGGAGGAAAUGAGGUUGAAGGACCUAGUAAAAAAGCAUUCUGAGUUCAUUAGCUACCCCAUCUACCUCUGGACAGAGAAAACUACUGAGAAAGAAAUCAGCGAUGAUGAGGAGGACGACAAAAAAAAGGAAGAGGAAGGUCAAGUUGAGGAAGUAGAUGAGAAGGAGAAGCAUAGGAAGAAGAAGAAGAAGAUUAAGGAGGUGUCUCAUGAGUGGGAGCUGAUCAACAAACAAAAACCAGUUUGGCUGCGGAAACCUGAAGAGGUCACAAAGGAGGAAUAUGCCUCGUUCUACAAGAGCCUGACCAACGAUUGGGAAGAUCACCUUGCUGUGAAGCAUUUUGUUGUUGAGGGGCAACUUGAAUUCAAAGCCAUCCUCUUUGUACCAAGGAGGGCCCCAUUUGACCUCUUUGACACCAGGAAAAAGUUGAACAACAUUAAAAUCUAUGUCCGGAGGGUGUUUAUCAUGGACAACUGUGAAGAACUUAUUCCAGAGUUCCUUAGUUUUGUGAAGGGUGUUGUUGACUCUGAUGAUCUACCACUCAACAUAUCACGUGAAACACUUCAGCAAAAUAAAAUUCUGAAAGUAAUAAAAAAGAACCUUGUUAAGAAGUGUAUUGAGAUGUUCAAUGAGAUUGCAGAGAAUAAAGACGAGUACAAGAAGUUUUAUGAAGCUUUCUCAAAGAACUUUAAGCUAGGAAUCCAUGAAGAUAGCCAGAACAGAGCCAAGCUUGCUGAGCUCCUCCGCUACCACUCAACAAAGAGCGGUGAUGAAAUGACCAGCCUGAAGGACUAUGUCACCAGGAUGAAAGAGGGGCAAAAGGAUAUCUAUUACAUUACUGGUGAGAGCAAAAAGGCUGUAGAGAACUCACCAUUCUUGGAGAAGCUCAAGAGGAAGGGAUAUGAGGUACUCUUUAUGGUUGAUGCAAUUGAUGAAUAUGUUGUCACACAACUGAAAGACUAUGAUGGGAAGAAACUGGUCUCUGCUACGAAGGAAGGGUUGAAACUCGAGGACGAUUCAGAAGAAGAAAAGAAGAAAAGGGAGGAAAAGAAAGCGUCCUUCGAGGAUCUCUGCAAAGUGAUAAAGGACAUCCUUGGAGACAGGGUGGAGAAGGUGGUGGUGUCUGAUAGAAUUGUGGAUUCACCUUCCUGCCUGGUCACUGGAGAGUAUGGUUGGACUGCCAACAUGGAAAGGAUCAUGAAGGCCCAAGCUUUAAGGGACAAUACCAUGAGCUCCUACAUAUCUAGCAAGAAAACCAUGGAGCUCAACCCGGACCAUCCCAUAAUUGAGGAGCUCAGGAAGAGAGCUGAGGUCGACAGGAACGACAAAUCUGUCAGGGACCUGGUCUUGCUGCUCUAUGAGACUGCUCUUCUAACUUCUGGCUUCAGCCUUGAUGACCCGAACAUGUUCGCAGGCAGAAUCCACAGGAUGCUGAAGUUGGGUUUGAGCGUCGAUGAGGAUGAGACAAUGGAGCAAGAUGCAGAGGGCAUGCCUCCAUCGGAGGAGGGAACUGAGGAGAGCAAAAUGGAAGAAGUGGACUAAGCCAAGCCACCCCAUCUAGAGAGGAGGAUGCAUGAGUUGCUCUAAAAGUAGUGUUCUGACGAUCAGUGUCAAAUGUUUACAUUUCCAUUUUGUGUGUUCCUUUUGGUCUUAGAAGGUGUGUGGUUUGUGGGUUGUCUUGUGUAAAUAGCAAGUGAAAUGGAAUAAUCUGAUGGUACCUUGUAUCUGUAUAAUGAAUCUGAUCUAAUUUCAUGUACAGUACAAGAAGAAAACUGUCUGUUCUAGUAUU